AUGGGGGCAGCAUUCAGAAGGUUCUGUGCUCAAUUCUGUUGCUGCUGUUGCUGUGAUGAUGAUGAGCCAGAGGAGAAGAGGCCUUUGCUAAGCAGCGAGACUCUGCAGUACUUUGCCAGUGAGGCAAAGAAGAGGCGGGACCAGGAGACCAACCUCUGGAGUGAGCCAGGCGACCCCAGUCACUCCGAGAGGGACGAUGACCGCGCGCUCUACAACCUCCUGCAGACCAGGGCCAAGACCCGCAGGGGGUCACAGGGGUACCGGCGCCUCAGUGUGGAUAUCCAUGCAAUGCGAGAAGUGCGUCGUGGUGUGAGGGAGAGGUGGAAGAUGAUCCUGGAGAACUUAGGCUUCACGGCGGAGGCGGAGUCCCUGCUGACCGUGUCGGCCAGCGCAUCCUACGACCGCAUGCGCAACGCGCCCACCGCCCGGCGCCUACUGCACACGCUGCACUCCGAGACCUCCAUCUUCAACAGCAGGGAGCCUCCACCCGAGAGAUACCUCUUCAUCCUGGAUCGUCUGCUCUACUUGGACGUGGCAGAAGACUUUGUGGCGAAAGCACGACGCUUGUAUCCCAAGGGGGACGAGGAUGAGGAUGAGGAAGAGGCGCCAGCCAUCAACUUGUCCCUGCUGUUGUCCAGGGUCAACCAGGGCCUGUCAGGUGGGGAGGAGGAUGAUGAUCUCGAGAACGCAAGUGGCAGCAGCAGAGUCAGUGGUGUCAGUGAUGAUGAUGAUGUCUUCCUUGAAAAGUCCCUGGAUUGA